AUGGCUUCAAAAACUACAAUAGCACAAGCUUUAGGAACAGAUGGAAGUGAUUUCACGCAUAGGCAAAGAGUUGCUAGUCAAUAUCAAACGAGCGCAAUGAAUAAAUCAAGACUGAACAAAUGUAUAUGGUUUCACUUUUUACUAUUCUUCGUUAUGCUUACUAAAUUACUACCAGAUAUAUUAGACCGUUUAGAUAUAUUUAUAUUGGAGGUUGAAGAAUUACAAGUGCCGAAGCCUUUAUGGUGGGAAUAUAUUUGGUUAUCCAAUGUAUUGGUACCAUUUAUUGGUCUGUCAGCAAUAAAAAAGAAUCAAAUAAAAUCAAUGACACGUUUCAUAUAUGGAAUUGGUCUUCUAGGAUUUGGUCCAAUUAUUUAUGCUACUAUUUAUUACCUCCCUGAUGUAUGGGUUUACUUGACUGUUGGGAAAACGGAAGAUAUUUUGUUAUGGAAGGAUUUACCUUAUGGUCUAUUAUGGUAUGCGUUCAUUUUAGCUGCUUUUCAAGUACACUCAUUCACGUUAUACUUCUCAUCGAAAUUAUUGUCGGCGUGGAAAUCACGAGGCUUGAGGAAAGCCGAUUAA